GAAACAUUGGCUAAGGAUGGUCAAAGCUGGGAAGGAAAAAAAACGAGGAGGGGAAGGGAUAAAGUGAAAGGAGCUAAGAGUCACACUGGAGAGCGUACAGACAGCCCAGUGACCUCUGGUGCGUGAGGGAUGAAGGAAACAGCCUGUGAUUGACUAUGUGGACCAUCUGGGUGACCAUCUUCUGGAUUUCAACUGUCCUGAUCAGAGCUGUCCCACCUGUUUGUGACCUCCUGAGUGUCCUGAAAAAGGAGGAGGAAAAGUGUGCUGAGACUCUCUCCCUGGAGGCAAAGAACAGAACGCCUGAAAACGAUCUACUGAGCUCAGGCCAAUGUGCUGGAAUGUGGGAUAACAUGAGCUGCUGGCCUUCAUCCGCCGUGGGACAGACUGUCAAUGCUCACUGCCCCGAAUUCUUCCAGAUGCUGACUGGGAAAAAAGGUUUUGUCUACCGAAACUGUACGAGCGAGGGUUGGUCAGAUCCAUAUCCGAGACCCGAUAUCGCUUGUGGCUACAAUGUCAAUGACACAACAAACGAAGCGAGACAUUCCUAUUUCAUGACUCUGAAGACCAUGUACACCAUUGGAUACUGCACCUCCCUCGUGACGCUGAUGAUAGCCUUAGUGGUCCUGGUCUCUUUUAGAAGACUUCGCUGUACGAGGAAUUACAUCCACAUGCAUCUCUUCACAUCGUUCAUUUUGCGAGCACUGUCCAACUUCAUCAAGGAUGCUGUUUUGUUUUCUUCUGAAGACACAAAUUACUGCGGGGCAUACACGGCUGGGUGUAAGCUUACCAUGGUCUUCUUUCAGUACUGCAUCAUGUCUAACUACAGCUGGCUCCUCGUGGAGGGACUCUACCUCCACACUCUCCUGGUUAUUUCUUUCUUCUCGGAAAGGAAGUUCCUUUGGAGGUUCAUCGCCCUCGGAUGGGGAGCCCCAGCUGUGUUUGUGGCCACAUGGGCGACUGCUAGGCAACUCCAUGAAAAUAUUGGGUGUUGGGACAUUAACGCUAAUGCCAAUACCUGGUGGAUCAUUAGAGGCCCUGUAGUUUUGUCUAUUUUUAUUAAUUUCAUUCUUUUUGUCAACAUUUUAAGAAUCUUGAUGAGAAAGCUCAGCUCACCUGAAGGACGGAGCAGUGAUUUCAACCAAUACAAGAGACUUGCAAAGUCAACGCUUCUCCUCAUCCCUCUCUUUGGGAUCCACUACAUCAUCUUUGCUUUUUUCCCCGAAGACGCAAGCAGUGGCACAAUGGAAAUUCAGCUGUUUUUUGAAUUGGCUCUUGGAUCAUUCCAGGGCUUUGUCGUGGCUGUACUUUAUUGUUUUCUUAAUGGUUCAACUGGAAGUUCAGAGAAAAUGGAGGCAGUGGCAUUUAAGCAAACAUUUGCGUCAGCAUCUCAGCACCUCAGCAAGUAACGGAGGAAGUGGCUUAACUCAAGAGAUGCAGACAGUGAGGUUGAGCCCACCAGAACACAGGAGAGCAACCCUCCAAAGAUCAAGCGUGCUUUAACACUGUAUGCCUGGAGGAUAUCUCUGUGCUCAGAUACACAUGGUUAAGUCCCGUGGACGGUGCUGGGAGUCUUGUGUAUGUAUCCGAAAGUGGGACUUGGCUGUAGAUCAAUGGUUCUUGAAGCGCAUCUGUUCAUCCACAUCCUGUGUAGCACCAGAGUUAUUUUGUAAGGCAAAAUGGCUGAAAGAUUAUGCUCUUCCUUAGGUUUCUGGCCACAGUCAUUUGUGUUUCUUUCCACACUGAUAUUUUUCAGCUGCUAUUUCUACCUUAAAUGUGACCUUUCAUCUUCCAUGUGGCUCUCCAACAUAUUCCAGGCUAAGCCAGGCUGGUGAGUUUUAGAUGUUCUCUGUUUCUUCUGCUGUUGAAGCUGGGAGGAUGUGCAUUUUGUACGAUGAAGGUUCUGUGCCAUUCUUUAACACAGCUCAUGGAUUCAAAAUGCAAAAUUAAUUCAUCCCUAAAAUUUACCAAGAUUCAAAGUCUUUCUUUUGUGGUGAUGGAUGGUGGACACUGAGAACAUAAAGCAUGGCUGAGCUAAUGGUUCCUAUCCAGCUGCAUAUCCAUUGCUCAGGUAUGCUCCAGUGAUGGUGGCAGGUUCAGAGAGUUUUCUUCCUUUGCCUCUUCUAACAGGGGAGAUCUCGGAAAUAACAGUUUGGAUUUUUGUAUGUUUUUUGAAAUGGUAAAAAAAAAAGCUAUUAUAGCAUAUUCCAAGGGUGGCCAAGAAAACUUCAGUAAGAUGGCUCUUUUCUAUUGCGUCUGUACUGCUGAGACUUGUCCUGCUAGUCUUGGAAGGGAAGCAAUGAAAGCCCUCAGGACAUUUAAAACUCAAUUGAACUGGACAUUACAAGGUAUCUUGUGAAAAACAACACCGUAGUGGCUGGCAAAAAUCUCUCUACAGCCCAUGAUCACUCAGCGUGCAGAAAUCUUUUACAGCUUUAUGUUCAUAAAGAUAAAAUUGUUAAGCAAAUUUCCCUGGUUUGAGUUGGAAAGAGAUAAAAGAAUUCAUUCCACAAAUGCAA